AUGGAAUCCCGGUGGAGAUUCAAAGGUCAAACCGUCUGUUCUAGAUUCAAUGCCGCUAAUCUUACAUGUCUAGAAAGAAAGCGACUGCUCCGAGCCUUUCUACGGUACCAGCUCAAUUCUUUGAUGGACAGAAAUGUCCAACAACUCUGCAAAGAGUCAUUGCAUCGACACAGCGGUCAAAAAUUUCAACCAUGGGACCUACAGGCAAUAUUGUGUGUUGACGAAUAUCUCAAAACACUAGACGCGGCUAUGUUUGCCCAGUACAGCAAUUCCGGGCUACCAGAAAUUGUUCUUAGUAAAGGUUCUACAUCCUCUCACCUUCCCGGCCUACUUUAUCCACAUAGCCUAUGCGUUGACCCUGAGGCAUAUGCCCACGACAUGGGCUGCGGACAUUAUAUUGCAUCAUGGUUUACUUAUGGUGGACUCGAUCUCGUCACAAUCCUUCUUCGAUCUACUGAACCCGGACAAACUGGAAGGGACCGCCUCAAGGAGUGGUUUGAAAAUUUCCAUCAAAUAUAUGACUCCAGACGGGAGAGGUCACACUAUCUCAUAGAAGGUUAUCAUUCGAUUGGUAGAGUACUGGAGGGUUCUGAAAGUGGCCCAGGCAUGUACCGGACUUUUCACUCGCGUAUUAUUCCGAAUUAUAUGACGCUCACUAGAACGUCCAUACAAAGGGCAUGGGUAUUUCUUGAUGACGCCAGAUUUUACCCCCCGCCCUCGUCUGACGCAAGCCCACAUUUCCUGACUGAGGAUGAGGCUCUGGAAGAGCGCUAUCAGACUAUGAAGAAGGAUGAGGAUUACUGGGACCUUCCAUGGCGGGCCAGAGCUCGGCAUCGAUCACAGAAGUGGCACAACGAAAUGUCUCCUGAAAAGACCAAGGUUCAAGACUACCAAGACUCAGAGCCUGAGAAAGAAUUCAGCCUAUGGACUGAUGAAUAUUAA